AUCAAUAAUGAGGCUGCGUUCCCCGCGUUCGAUGUCGUUCCACCUAAAGUCUAGUCCAAACGUUUACUUUCGUCUCUCUGUUUUCAAACUUCUCCAAAUUUUCUAUUUCUAGUUGCAUCAUAGUCUUCAAUGUCACUCUGAGCGAGCUGUGUCUAUCUCUAUGCUAGGGACUGCACCGAUUUUGAACACUUCCUCCAUACCGCAGUUAACACUAGGAACGCGGUUGCUAUGGUAUUCAAAGGCAGGUUUUUCUCGUCCUCGAAGAAGUCCGAUUCUUCCAGCCCUGAUGGAUCCAGUCCCCGGUUCCUUGGUUCCAAUUCGCCCAUCAGAUCCGACAAGAAGAAGAACAAAUCAGCCGCCAAAGAUGAACCCCAGAUUUCUAAUCCCAGCAGCAGCAGCUUCAGAGGUACCGUUCUGAAAGAUGCUUCCCGGAGCAAGGAUUGGAAACGAAAAGACAGUCAAGCUCCAUUGCCGAUCGAGACGCCCUCGAAGUCUGACUCAAUAUCCGGCUUGAACUUGGGACCGAAGGCCAAGAAGUCGGCCGAUGUGAAGGACGUGGCUUCAUCGGUUUCACCUAUUCUGGCAUCAUCCCUUGGACUGAAUAGGAUAAAGACAAGAUCAGGCCCGUUGCCGCAGGAGAGCUUUUUGGGUUUCAAAGGUGAUAAGGGCUCCUUGGGUUCGAGCAAUCUUUCCAGAAAUUGCGGUGAUGGAAGCUCAGGCUCGAAUUCAGGUUCAACAUGGUCGGGGUCUUCUAGUGGGGGGAAGACAGAGGCGGCGAGUCAGAAAAGAUUGGGUUUUCAGGACAAUGUUAAAAGCCAUAUUCACAAUGCUAGCAAUUCCGACAGUAUGCCAAUUGGUAAUGCACCAUCUACUGAACGGAGUCCAAAUUUGUUAGGACAGCCUCGGUUACAGAAUGUCGAAUCAUCCAAUGAAGCCGGACGCUAUGAAUCAUCAUGGGGAUGUUCUGAAGGAUUAAGAAAUUUAGAUUUCUGUACACCAGAGUCCUCUUAUGAUUGUGAAAAUCCAAAGGAGUCCGAGUCUCCACGCUUUCAAGCCAUACUCCGAGUCACAAGUGCUCCUCGAAGGAAGUAUCCUGCAGAUAUCAAAAGUUUUUCCCAUGAACUAAAUUCAAAAGGCGUACGACCUUUCCCACUUUGGAAGUCACGUCGUCUAAAUAAUUUGGAGGAGGUCUUAGUUAUGAUACGAGCAAAAUUUGACAAGGCAAAGGAAGAAGUAAAUUCUGACUUGGCUAUUUUUGCUGCUGAUCUGGUUGGAGUUCUUGAAAAGAAUGUGGAUACUCAUCCAGAGUGGCAAGAGACAAUUGAAGACUUGUUGGUUUUAGCUCGCAGCUGUGCUAUGUCAUCCCCUGGUGAAUUUUGGCUUCAGUGUGAAAGCAUUGUUCAGGAAUUGGAUGAUAGACGCCAAGAACUUCCUCCUGGCAUGCUGAAACAACUUCAUACUCGAAUGCUGUUCAUUCUCACUAGAUGUACGAGGUUGCUGCAGUUCCAUAAAGAAAGUGGGUUAGCUGAAGAUGAAAAUGUUUUUCAGCUUCGUCAGUCGAGAAAUCUGCAUUCUGCUGAUAAACGCAUUGCUCCAGCUAUGGGAAGGGAAAUGAAAAGUUCUAGUGCAGCCAAGGCUUCUAAGACAGCUUCUUCCAGGAAAUCUUACAGCCAGGAGCAGCAUGGUUUAGAUUGGAGCAGAGAACACAAUAUACUACCUGGGAAUAAUGUCUCAACAUCUCCCGAUGAUACUUCAAAGAAUUUGGUAUCUCCUACUGGCAGAAGCCGGAUGGCUUCUUGGAAAAAAUUGCCUUCUCCAGCAGCAAAAAGUGUGAAAGAACCUACUUUGAAGGAUCGGGGUGAUAAUAAGAAAUUUAAAUCUUUGAAUGUGUCAAAAAUCGGGUUGGGUGUUUCUGAAACUGAUUUGGCUGCUGCCAAGGUUUCUGAGCUUCAUCCGCCCAGAGAUUCUCAUGACCAACCUACAAAGCACCAACAUAAGCCUUCUUGGGGUUGGGGUGAUCAACCAACUGUAUCUGAUGAGAGUUCAAUAAUUUGUCGCAUUUGUGAAGAAGAAAUUCCUACAGCAAAUGUGGAAGAUCAUUCAAGAAUUUGUGCAGUUGCUGAUCGAUGUGAUCAAAAGGGUAUAAGUGUUAAUGAACGUCUACUCAGAAUUGCUGAAACUUUAGAGAAGAUGAUCGAGUCUUUUACGCAAAAGGAUUCUCAGCAUGUAGGAAGUCCGGAUGUUGCAAAAGUUUCAAAUUCUAGCGUGACCGAAGAAUCUGAUAUUUCCCCAAAGCAUAGUGAUUGGUCCCGCAGGGGCUCAGAAGACAUGCUAGAUUGCUUCCAUGAAACUGAUAGUUCUGUAUUUAUGGAUGACUUAAAAGGUUUACCUUCCAUGUCUUGUAAAACUCGUUUUGGUCCAAAGUCUGAUCAAGGUAUGACAACAUCAUCGGCUGGUAGCAUGACUCCUAGAUCUCCCUUAUUAACACCAAGAACCAGUCAGUUUGACUUGUUUCUGGCUGGGAAAGGUGCAUACUACGAACAUGACGAUCUUACGCAGAUCAGUGAUCUUGCAGAUAUUGCACGCUGUUCAGCAAAUACACCUCUGGGUGAUGAUUGCUCGAUGCGAUAUCUGCUGACAUGCCUUGAGGACUUGAGAGUUGUCAUUAAUCGCAGGAAGUUUAAUGCACUGACAGUUGAAACUUUUGGCACUCGCAUUGAAAAGUUAAUCCGGGAGAAGUAUUUGCAACUUUGUGAGCUGGUGGAUGAUGAAAAGAUUGAAAUAGUAAGUACUGUUAUUGAUGAAGAUACUCCUCUUGAAGAUGACAUUGUUCGUAGCUUAAGAACUAGUCCCAUCCAUUCUUCAAAGGACCGUACAUCAAUUGAUGACUUUGAGAUUAUAAAACCAAUCAGCCGUGGGGCAUUUGGUCGGGUUUUCCUGGCUAAAAAGAGGACAACAGGGGACCUUUUUGCAAUAAAGGUUUUGAAGAAAGCUGAUAUGAUUCGGAAGAAUGCUGUUGAAAGUAUUUUGGCAGAACGUGAUAUUUUAAUUUCUGUGCGCAACCCUUUUGUGGUUCGGUUCUUCUACUCUUUUACUUGUCGUGACAAUUUGUAUCUCGUGAUGGAGUAUUUGAACGGAGGAGACCUUUACUCCUUGUUGAGAAAUUUGGGCUGCUUAGAUGAAGAGGUUGCUCGUGUAUAUAUUGCAGAAGUUGUUCUUGCUUUGGAGUAUUUGCAUUCACUUGGGGUAGUUCAUCGGGACUUAAAGCCUGAUAAUUUGUUAAUAGCUCAUGAUGGUCAUAUUAAGCUGACAGAUUUUGGGCUUUCCAAGGUUGGUCUAAUCAACAGUACUGAUGAUUUGUCUGGACCAGCUGUUAGCGGGACCACUCUUCUUGGCUAUGAUGAGCCUACUAUGUCUGCUUCUGAGCAUCAACAAGAAAGACGGAAGAAGCGUUCUGCUGUUGGCACACCAGAUUAUUUGGCACCAGAGAUACUAUUGGGAACGGGACACGGCGCCACAGCUGACUGGUGGUCUGUUGGGAUAAUUUUAUUUGAACUAAUUGUUGGCAUUCCACCCUUCAAUGCAGAGCAUCCCCAGACUAUAUUUGAUAACAUUCUCAACCGUAAGAUCCCUUGGCCUCAGAUACCUGAAGAGAUGAGCCAUGAUGCUCAAGAUUUAAUUGAUCGGUUUUGGAUGUUUAUUAAUUGUAUGUUGUUGGUUAUAUAUAAUAUUUAUUCAUGCACUAUCAGAUUAUUGACAGAAGAUCCUCACCAGCGACUUGGAGCUAUAGGCGCGUCAGAGGUGAAGCAGCAUAUGUUCUUCAAAGAUAUUAACUGGGACACGCUUGCCCGACAAAAGGCUGCAUUUGUUCCAACAUCUGAAAGUGCUCUUGAUACUAGUUAUUUUACAAGCCGCUACUCAUGGAAUCAUUCAGAUGAUCAUGUCUAUCCACACAGUGAACUUGAGGAUUCAAGUGAUGCCGACAGCUUAAGUGGUGAUAGUAGUUUGAGCAAUCGUCAAGAUGAAGUGGGAGAUGAAUGUGGGGGCCUUACAGAUUUUGAGCCUGGUUCUUCUGUCAAUUACUCAUUCAGUAAUUUCUCUUUCAAGAAUCUCUCCCAGCUCGCAUCCAUCAACUACGACCUGCUUUCCAAGGGUUUGAAGGAUGAUCCUCCCAAUCAUGAUGCAUAAAUGUGUUAAUCCUUACAUAACUGCCGAAUGCUUUCAGGCGAUUGGUUCGGUGUUCGUCCUUGUUUUGUAUUUGUAAUGUUCUGUACAUGUUCAUAGACAAAAAUUUUAGAGGCUAAAUCUUGUUGGAGAUGCUCUCUUUCAAAUUAUAGGCGCCAUCUUCAGAACCAUGUGGCCUUCAGUUUUCAUUUUUCCUUCUACGUUUCACUUCUUUCUCUUACAACUCACCUCACAGUGGGUUCAGAACUUCAAUUUUCCAUUGUUUAAAUGGUCCCAUAACUGUUUCACCUUUCUUUCUCAGACAUUCCGUAUAUUUAUGUAUUUAUGAUAUAUAUUAUAUAGCAAAGAGAAGCAUCAUUAUGUACAGCAUUUCCUUUGGCA